AUUAUAGACUGUGACAUCGUUGCCCCUCACAGCACCGGAAUCACCUAAUUUCCACGAUCUUUGUCUUUAGACAUCGAGUUAGUUUGAUCUGAUAAUAUUCACCGGCUCCCUUCUGAGCCUUUCAGUCACAAGAGAUACCUCCACAAUGAGCUACUUCAAGUCUUCAGAUUAUUGGGGCGGCGUCACCGAUGAUACUGGUGCACAUCCCGCUGCAUCUGCCUCAGCACCAAAUAAGAUGGUCGUGCCGCACGUGCGUCCUCACAGCAAGGUCGACACGGACGCGGAGCAAAGCGAUUACAAUUUAGAUAAGCCUGACAUAAUGGCAUAUCUCGCCGUGGUCUUUUCCAGCGGCCUCCCUUUCAUACAGUUACAAAAAUCGCAUCAAGAAAACAUCGAGGACCCUUCCUAUUGUCUUGGCCUCGGUCGUUCCUCGGUUCUCGAAUGGCAUGCAAUCAAAGAGGAGGAAAUGAGGUGGCUCAGACGCCAGCACAGUAAUACGAACUCGGAGAUAGGCGGUACCGGGAACCGACGUCUCAUUCAUCAAGUCACGCCUGACAAGUCUGGCCGGUAUAUCUUUGCCCUCAAGAGAAGAGUAUCUCUCGACUCACAAAAGGAAAUUGAGGCAUUUAGGGCAUUCAAGCAAGAGCUCCGGGUUCUCUGCCACCCGCAUGUUCGAACUCAUGAGAAUAUAGUCAAAGCUGUCUUUGUCGGGUUCGAAGUUGACAGAGCUCCCAUGUUAGGACUGCAGCUUGCAGAAUUUGGAACAAUGCGCGAUGUCUUGGAGAGUCGGAGACUAGGAGUUGAGCUGGCAUGUGAGUUAACGCUCGAUAUCAUCAAUGGUCUGGCUGCUCUCCACGCCUGCGGUAUUGCGCACGGCGACAUGAAGCCUGACAACAUCUUGGUUUUCCACCACAAAAGUCGGGGGGCGGUUGCACAGUUGAGCGACUUCAGCGACUCUGUGUUUGUCUCAGAUAUCGUUGAAGGGUGGAGACCGCUUGGAGGAACACACGAAUGGCGAGCUCCCGAAUGUUACGAAUACGAAGAGGCGAUUGGAAGCAGACAAAAGUUCGCUGCACGUUACGACGUGUUCAAAUCCGACGUGUUUUCGCUGGGACUUUGCGCACACGCCAUACUUGUGCCAGGAGAUAGGCACGCACCAGGGCUUCCAGGACGUACUUUCUUAUAUCGACAUUGUGUAGAAACAAGCGUUGGCAGCGAGGAAGAGCACCAGAAAACGGUCCUCCAUUUAAAGCGCUCCGCAGCUGGCGUCAUUAACAACGCCAACAUGUGGUCGAAACGUUUCGCCGGUUCAGGUAGAAUGGAAUUUCUAGCCCAAAAUGUGGCUCUUAUGUGCCUUCAUAGCGACCCAAGCCAUCGGUUUAUUGCGUCAGCUUUCAAACUCGGGUUCUAUCUAGAUGCAGUGCGUGCCGGUCUAAUCAAAAAAGAUAGUUGGAUAGCCAGAGAACGUUCUCAGCUUGACGCCAUCCAAGACCAGAUGGUAGAGCUUACUCAUGAGACCAGUAUAGGAGUUGAAAGCUUGGGUUUAGAUCCUAAUUAUGCUACUGAUCUGGAUAACAUGCUUGCUUCUUUUGACAUGAUGACGUUCUUCCAUCCUCGCCUGAAAGAAUCCAUCAACUUUGACCCUGAAAUGAACAGGAGAAUCGAAAGCUGCCUGGAGGACACAUUGUCAUCCUUUAUGGACCGAAAGCCAGAUCCUAUUCCGGACGAUUCAUUCAUGGACGGCGACUUCACCCUUGAUGAGCUUCUAAGUGCGUUCCAGGCUUCAGUGACCGUUGCAGGCAUCGAAAGCCCACUUUCUCCACCUUACAAGGCCAAAAAGCCUGGCGUCAGCAGGGCCGUUCUUGCCGCUAGAGAGUUCAUGUUUUCCAACUCUUAUACGCGAACAGAUUCAGCGGCAGAUAUUGCCAUGAUGCUACGACUUACUGGACUGUUAGCUAGGCUGGGCGAUCCGAUAAGCCUCAAAUUUUACGUACAUCUAUGCCUAAGGGCAGGGGUGAAGCUGGCAGACAGUCACGAUACACCGCUUAGGAUUUGGAUGGCGUUUACAAGCUUAGGCGGGUCCGAGGCUGCACAGAUGUUUCUCAGGAAAGAGGACAACCCGCUCCUGAAGAAGAUACAAGCUUUCUUGCAUUUUAAGCAGUUUCCGGGACCCAUGGGUGCUCUCGCUGAGAGAGUCAGGGCCGUUUCUAUGAACCGAGAAACAAACAGCAUUACUCCGACGCUUAUGGACCAGUAUGUUCGACACGAGAUGCCCGGAAGAAGGACUGUUUUAACCGGUGUCGUACCCACAUACUUCACCCCACUACACCAUGCAAUCCUGAUGCAUGACUUCACCUUAUUGGUCCACCUUAUCGAGGGUGCCGGAGAAGACAUCAAUACAUUGUGUCUGCGGCCAACUGGGCUUGAUACCCCAGUAUUUGACUUCGGAAACGGCGAGGCGAAGACCCCUAUUUUGCUGGCUGCAUGGAAGCGAGAUUUGGAAAUUUUCGAGUUUCUCCUGGCAACGAAAGGAGUUGACCUGAAAAAGAGCACAAAUUUGGGGGCAAAUCUGCUGCAUUUUGAUCUUCAUCCCAAUCAAGUCGCUGUACCAACUACCAAGCUCGAAGCUCUGCUCGAAGAAACAAUUAUUGUCAGGCCAAGGCUAUUCCCAGCGUAUCUACUUUGUCAAUCCAGCGCUGUAGAUGCACAGAUCAUGACUGUUCGGCUUCUUCUUGAGUUUUAUGCCCGGUCGAUCUGCUCUGAUAACCAGCCGAUAUCCCAGCGCCUUGUGAUUUCCUCCAAAGUCUGGUGCAGAGUCAUUUCUUCCGAUUCUGUCGCUCUCUUUGAUUAUCUUGUGUCUUUAUCAAUCUGCACUGAGACAGGUCUUGAUGAUCUUCUCAACAACAAGGCACUUUUCGGCAAUAAUGAGGCCUUGAUGCGGGCCGUCCGCUGUAACACCCCAUCCAUCUUCAAGUAUCUGAUGGCGAGGGUUGAUGAGGGAAGUUUAAAAUUACAUUUGCCACCAGGCCCCUACCAAGAUUGUCUUCUUCUCCGCGCCGCGGCUAGGCAGCAUUACAACACAGACUUCCUAAUCGAGCUGGUUCGUCGAGACUCUGGUGGAGAUCGGUGGGACCGUGGACAAGACUCACUGAAACAUGCUAUCGAAGAUGCCAUGAGUCAAAACCACUACGAAGCAGCGAAGUUUUUGAUCAGCCUACCGCUCUCUGGCGACAUCCGGAAAGAAGGAUCUCAUGCUCUGAUCGCGUUUGUUCAAGUAAUGGCUCAAUACCCUGGCUGGGCGAGUCGAAAGGAUGUCGAAGUCGUCAUCAAACUUGGGCCGUUCAAUUUCUUCCCGUUUCCUGACGACAACAUGUCCAUGCUCCAUUACCUUGCGUACUUCCGGGCAAAAAGGACGCGCUUGGAAGUUUCUUACGUCGACUAUCUUGUUCUGGGCAACAUGUUGGAAGAAAUGUCUUCAGAUAUGAUAAACAUACGAGACAAUGCCGGCCAGACAGCCCUACACUAUAUGGUCUGGGCAGGCGACACUGAUGGACUGUUGAUGAUGCUCCACUGCGAUAAAGUGAACGCCACCAUACUUGUCGGUCCGGGCAAAAAGAGUGAGGCUUAUCAUUUUCCCGAAAACAGCAACUGUUUCGACAUGUUUUUGAUUCGAUGUGAGCAAGGUAUCACCCAACAGCUUCGGAACAAAGGAGUGCGAGAAAUUCGCCUUUUUUUGCAGCGAAUGAGGUCGAUGUUCAAGGUUUUGCAGGAGUACCUCUUUGAGAACUCCCGCUCGCUAUACGCAAAGCAAUAUGGGCAGGGAGAAAACGCUCUCGAAGCGCUAUCCAGCCAGGUUGAAGAGACUGUUGCAGAAUACGGAGGCGAUCAUGACAUAGAGUGGCCUAAGUUGAUUUCCCGCGACUUGCGACCCAUGUGGACUGACAAAAAGGGGGAAACACCAUCUCUGGAGGUACUUUGAGAUGUUAAAGAGCAAAUCUAAAGGAAGACUCGGUCGGAGAGCGAGAAACUACACCUAAUGUCAGAGACUGAAGGCUUGCAGUAAUAGAACUAGCAAGAAACGAUGAAUGGUCUUUUCAUUAAGGUUUGAAGGCUCCGGUUCACUUGCAGAACACCAAAAGUAAUACAUAAGAUUAAUGAA